AUGGCGACCAUGGCCUACUUUGGAGGAGAUGACGACUUUGCCCUGUCAUCCCACGCCCUGGAAGCGCUCAAGGAGUUCUACGCCGAUAGGGAUGCGCUGAAGGCCAGGUUCGAGGAUCUCAAGACUGACGCGGAGAAGCGCCAUGCUGAGACUUUGUCCAUUCACGACUUUGGUGAGGACUGGCAGGCCUCGCAGUUCUGGUACUCGGAUGACACAGCAAACCUCAUCGCCAGGCAGCUGCUGGAUGGAGCGACUGCAGAGACCACCAUCGCGGCUAUUUCAGCGCCGAGUGUGUUUAUCGCGCUGAAGAACGCCAUCGCCUCGUGGGAUCAACAAUCCAGGCCAAAACUCGUGCUUCUCGAGUACGACUCGAGGUUCUCGAUAUUCCCGGAAUAUGUCUUUUACGACUACAACCAGCCCCUGAAGGUCCCGGAGUCCCUACGGGGUGCCGUAGAUCGGAUGGCAAUAGACCCUCCGUUCCUGAACGAGGAUUGUCAAUCAAAAGAAGCAACAACAGUCAAGGCCCUGGCGCGGCCCUCGUCCGCGACGAGCGACAGGGCGCGCAUCGUCAUUUGCACGGGCGAGCGCAUGGAGACGCUGCUCACGACCAAGCUCUACCUGGAGCUGGGCCUGCGGACCACCACUUUUGAACCCGAGCACGCAAACAAGCUGAGCAACGAGUUCUACUGCUAUGCAAACUUUGAGUGCGACGAGUGGGAGUGGCGAGAGAAAUUUGCUCUUGCUGCAUGA